UUCACAGUAGACUGGAUCCAAGCAAUCAUGGACAAGAAGUCCAAUAUUAGGAAUAUAUCUGUGAUUGCUCAUGUUGAUCAUGGCAAUUCAGCCUUGACAGACUUCUUGGCAUGUACAGCAGGCAUCAUUGCUUCAGCCAGAGCAGGAGAAACGCGAUUCACAGGCACAAGGAAAGAUGAGCAAGAAAGAUGCAUCACAAUCAAGUCUCUGGCAAUUGCUGCAUAUUAUGAACUCUCAGAAGAUGACUUGGCCUUCAUCAAACAGUGUAGGGAUGGUUCAGGUUUUCAUAUUAACUUAAUUGACUCCCCUGGACUUGUUGAUUUCUCCUCUGAAGUUACAGCAGCUCUCCAUGUCACUGUUGGUGCCCUUGCUGUGGGUGACUGUGUUUCAGGGGUUUGUGUACAGACAGAGACUGUUCUCCAGCAGGCUAUUGCAGAACGUAUCAAACCAGUAUUGAUGAUGAACAAAAUGGAUCCUGCUUUGAUGGAAUUGCAGCUGGAGCCUGAGGAACUUUACUACACAUGUCAGUGUAUUGUGGAAAAUGUCGAUGUCAUCAUUUUCACCUACGGAGAGGGUGAAACAGGACCAAUGGGUAAUAUUAUGAUUGAUCCAGUUGUCGGUACUGUUGGGCUUGGCUGUGGUCUGUGUAGCUGGGCUCUGAAGCGGUUUGCCAAGAUGUAUGUAACCAAAUUUACUGCCAAAAGUGAAAAAGCACAACUCCCUCCAGCUGAGCGUUCAAAGAAAGUGGAAGAGAUGAUGAAAAAACUUUGGGUGAUAAGUAACAUUUUCUUCAAAUAUUUUGAUCCAGCAACUGGAAAAUUCAGCAAAUCAGCUGAUGGAGAGAAGUUUCCAAGGAUAUUUUGCCAGCUAGUUCUGGAUCCCAUCUUGAAGGUCUUUGAUGCCAUUAUUCAUUUUAAGAAGGAAGAGGCAGCCAAACUGAUAGAAACUGAUAUCAAGCUAGACAUUGAAGAUCAAGAUAAAGAGGGAAAACCCCGUCUUAAGCUAACUUGGCCUUUCUACUUCAUUAGAAUUGCCAACAUGGUAGCAUUUCUUACCCUUGAGCUAACCAUUUUGAUGAUGGGUUCUUAUGUUGAGCCCAUUGAGGAUGUACCUCGUGGCAACAUUGUUGGUCUAGUUGGUGUUGACCAGUUUUUGGUGAAGCCGGGUGCCAUUGCCACCUUUGACCAUGCCCACAACAUGAAAGUGAUGAAAUUUGGUGUUAGUCCAGUUGUACGUGUUGCUGUCAAAGCAAAAAACCCUGCUGAUCUACCAAAACUAGUUGAAAGUCUAAAGCAUCUGGCCAAGUCUGAUCCUAUGGUUCAGUGUAUUAUUGAGGAGACUGGUGAACACAUCAUUGCUGGAGCAGGGGAGCUGCAUCUAGAAAUUUGCCUUAAAGAUCUGGAAGAAGAUCAUGCUUGUGUUCCAAGGUAUUCAAGAAUUUUUAAAUCAGACCCAGUUGCAUCUUGCCGUGAGACGGUAAGCCAGGUGUGCUUAACCAAAUCUCCCAACAAACACAACAGGCUGUAUAUGAAGGCUCGACCCUUUCCUGAUGGCCUGGCAGAGGACGCAGACAAAGGGGAAGUCAGUUCCCGUCAAGAACUGAAACAGCGUGCGGAUGUGUCUGAGGCUUGUAAGAUUUGGUGCUUUGGGGCUGAUGCUACCAGUCCAAAUAUCUUAGCUGACAUCACAAAAGGUGUCCAGCGUCUAAAUGAAAUCGAAGACAGUGUUGUUGCUGGUUUCCAGUGGGCUACGAAAGAGGGUGUCUUGUGUGAGGAGAAUGUGAGAGGUGUUCAUUUUGAUAUCCAUGAUGUCAUCCUGCACGCUGAUGCUACUCACCGUGGUGGUGGGCAAAUCGUUCUGACUGCGAGGAGGGUUCUGUCUGCCUCUGCUCUGACGGCACAACCCAGGCUUAUGGAGCCCGUCUGUCUGGUAGGACUACAGAGCCCAGAACAAGCGGUUGGUGGGAUCUGCGGUGUGCUGAACAGGAAAAGGGGAUGCACUUUUGAAGAAUCCCAAGUGGCAGGAACUCCAGUGUUUGUGGUCAAGGCGUACCUACCUGUAAAUGAGUCAUUUGGUUUUACCGCCGAGCUGAGCUCCAGCACCGGUGGCCAGGCUUUUCCACACCGUGUCUUUGAUCACCGGCAGAUUUUGCCUGGGGAUCCUUACGAGGCAAAUUCUUGUCCUUGGCAAGCUGUGGCUCGAAGGAGGAUACGCCACCUCCGGGUAACUUCCUAGAUAAGUUAUAAUCGCUUCUGUUUCACGUUGCGCAAUGCACUGCCCGCUUCCCUCUUGAUUACCGUUCCCUUAGAAAAGCAGGAAGGAAAGGGAAAAUUUUAGUGUCGCACUGAAUCCACACACAGUGGUGUUAGCACGGUGCGGUGGUGGCACGAUCACCUACUAAAAAAAAGAA